AGGAGACAAUCUUUCUAGACAAGGCAGUUGAGGAGGAGGGAGCGAUUGGAGCGUGGGUUGGCUUGGCGUGCACUCCCCACCUCUGAAACAUUAUUGCGCGUGGAACGGUUGCUUCUGGAAGUCCAUCCAGUGGCAUUUUGAGUUUUGGAGGGUAGUUUCGAAUAUAAGAAAAAUGUUACUUUUACUAACUAGAAGUAAUCUAUAAAGUGGAAUGGAGAGGUUAUUAUAUUGGAGGAACUACUGGUUUCCUUUGAAGAUUACCAACUAAGGUCUCAGAGCCAUUUCGUCUCCUUAGUUUUUUCCCAGAGAUCAGACUUGCCCAGAAGAAAAGAUGUUUGGUUUUCACAAGCCAAAGAUGUACCGAAGUAUAGAGGGCUGCUGUAUUUGCAGAGCUAAAUCCUCUAGUUCUCGCUUCACUGACAGUAAACGCUAUGAAAAGGAUUUCCAGAGCUGUUUUGGGUUACAUGAGACUCGUUCAGGAGACAUCUGUAAUGCCUGUGUCCUGCUUGUGAAAAGAUGGAAGAAGUUGCCAGCAGGAUCAAAAAAAAACUGGAAUCAUGUGGUAGAUGCAAGGGCAGGACCUAGUCUAAAGACUACACUGAAACCAAAGAAAGUGAAAACCCUAUCUGGAAACAGGAUAAAAAGCAACCAGAUCAGUAAGCUACAGAAGGAAUUUAAACGUCACAAUUCUGAUGCUCACAGUACCACCUCAAGUGCCUCUCCAGCUCAAUCUCCUUGUUAUAGUAACCAGUCAGAUGAUGGCUCAGAUACAGAGAUGGCUUCUGGCUCUAACAGAACGCCAGUUUUUUCCUUUUUAGAUCUCACAUACUGGAAAAGACAGAAAAUAUGCUGUGGCAUUAUCUAUAAAGGCCGAUUUGGGGAAGUCCUCAUCGACACACAUCUAUUCAAGCCUUGCUGCAGCAAUAAGAAGGCAGCUGCUGAGAAGCCGGAGGAGCAGGGCCCAGAGCCUCUGCCCAUCUCCACUCAGGAGUGGUGACUGAGGUUUAUGUAGAAGGGGAACAAAAAACAAUUUGAAUUUUGGAAUACAAAGCAACAGAACGACCCUCUUAUUUUUAACUUGGAUACCUGCUAUUCUGCCAAAAGACAAUUUCUAGAAUAGGUUUUUUUGUUUUUUUGGGGUUUUUUUUUUGGUCUUUUUCUAGGGCCGCACCCGCGGCAUAUGGAGGUUCCCAGGCUAGGGGUCCAAUUGGGGCUGUAGCCGCUGGCCUACACCACAGCUCACAGCAACGCCAGAUCCUUAACCCACUGAGCGAGGCGCAACCUUGUGGUUCCUAGUCGGAUUUGUUAACCACUGCGCCACGACAGGAACUCUAGAAUAGUUAUGAGUGGGUUAUUUUUUCCUCCAGUUCCACAAACUCUGAAGCCAGUGUCUAGCUUACUAAAAGAAAAAAAAGUGUACAUAAUAUUUAAGAUGCUGAGUAUUUCAUAGGAAAGCUGAAUGCUGCUGUAAAGUGCUCUUUAAGUCUUUUUUUAAAAUCCCCUUCUAAUGAAUGAAAUUAGGGGAAUUUCAGGGGACAGAGAUGGGAUUUGUUGUAUGAUAAACGUAUGUAGUUUUUUUAGUCUUUCUUUUUUGAGAAGCAGUGGUUGGGGCAUUUUUUAAGAUGGCUGGCUACACUUGUUUUCCUUUGUUAUAAUAAAUUUGUCAUAACUCAGUAACAUGGACUUGCCCCUAGAGGUAGUUGUUAAUAAUUUUGAAAUAUUAGGGUCUUGCCAAGGUUCUAAUGAUUUAAACCUGUACUACUGAAUAUUAAGCAGGACAGACUAAGCUCUCUGGUGCGACUAUCUUGAAGGAGUAAUUUCUAAAUAUACAGAGGUAACUUGACUGUAUAUGUUGCAUCCUGUGUCACCUCCCUCCGUUGGUAUUUGAUAAAGAUUUUAAUUUAUAUGAAUGAAAUUUCUAAAGCAGAAUCAAAGUUCCUCUUGGGGAAAUGUCAAGUCUUUAGUUAGGAUAAGCAAUCCUGUAUGAAUAGUACCAAAGCAUUACCACAUGGUAGAAAACACAUUCUAGUCAAAAUAUUAAAUUAGCUAAAAAAUAAAAUGUGCAAGUCUUCAGGAUGGCACACGAAAAAAAAAAGGUUAAUGCUUCUUGGGGCACAUUUCUUAGAGGGCUUGCGAGUGUGUAAAUAAUUUAUGUUACAUGACUGAUGACUUCAUUGAAAAUCUGCACAAUUCAGUUUUAGCUCUGGAUUACUUCAGUUGACCUUUGUGAAGGUUUUAUCUGCGUAGAAUGGUUGUUUGACUUGUUUUAACCUGUUAUGGUUUGGGUUUGUUGUUGUUGUUGUUUUCAUUCUCUAGUAAAGUAAAAUUCUAGUAAAAGAAAAGAGGUGUGUGUUAAUGCCGAGUGGUUGGUUUUGGUUUGGUUUCUUUUAGUCAGGCUUUCUGAAAGUUGAAGUGUUAGCUGAUACAUCGUACAUGUGAAGCUUUUCAAUUCUAAAAACCUUCAUCAAAAGCCUCUUACUUGAACCCAAACCAAAGUACUAUUUAUUGCCUCUUUUCUAAAAGUUCAGGAAAAAUAUAUCACCAGUUCAGACUUUUCGUAAUGAGGGAGGGUCAUUUGCCUACCUUAUAAUAACAUGACUCAGUGCUUAUUUUUAAAACUGGAUUUUAAAGAUCGGAUAGUAUAAAUAACAAUAAGGAGUGAGCCACUUUUUAUGGGUACCCUAUAGUUUUAUAGUUCUUAGUCUAAACUUAAAAUUUUAUAUUUCUUCCUUUUGGGAAAAGACUACAAGCCACCAUAUGCACGGACUACACAGUGAGUUGGGUUAGCUCUUCUGCAGACUUUGAGGUGUAUUACAAGAAUCCCAGCCAUUCUCAUCCUCCUCCUGAGUUAUUUUUGAAAUGGUUUUUUGGUUUUUUUUUUUUUUUUUUUUUGUACAUUUUGGCUGCAGUAUUGGUGGUAGAAUAUACUAUGAUAUGGAUCAUCUCUACUUCUGUAUUUAUUUAUUUAUUACUAGACCUCAACCACAGUCUUCUUUUUCCCCUUCCACCUCUCUUUGCCUGUAGGAUGUACUGUAUGUAGUCAUGCACUUUGUAUUAAUAUAUUAGAAAUCUACAAAUCUGUUUUGUACUUUUUAUACUGUUGGAAACUUAUAAUCAAAACUUUUACUAGGGUAUUGAAUAAAUUUAGUCUUAUUAGAAAAUAAAA